GAGCGAGGAGUGCUUCUGUGAUGCACGUCUCAGAAACCGCGCAGCAGGCACAGGCUGAGCCAGCUCCCGGAGCAUCCCAUCAGCAGCAGGCAAUUGGAGACAUCUUUAUGUCGAAAAGUGGUGACAUUACAUGGUCUUCUUGCCCAUCAAAGGAGCCACCCCACCUUUCUUCCAAUGUGCUAACAAUGCAACCAGGGCCGACUAGAAUGUCAGUCACCCAUGUCCAAGACAUCAGGUCUGCAUUUGAUCUCCUAAUGCCAGAUUCCAUCCUCCAAAUAAUCCUAGACUGCACAAAUUUAGAAGGUAGGCGUGUUUAUGGAGAGAAAUGGAAGGUUAUGGACAAUAUCCUUUUAUAUGCCUACCUUGGUCUGCUUUACCUUGCUGGAGUCUUCAAAUCUAAAGGAGAAUCACUGCAUUCCCUGUGGGCUGUUGAAACCGGGCGAGAAAUAUUCCGGGCAACAAUGUCCUUGGAGACAUUCCAAGUAAUUUCAAGGGUUAUAUGUUUUGAUAACCGAGAUGACAGACCAGCUCGACGGCAGAAAGACAAACUUGCAGCCAUCAGGACGGUGUGGGACAAGUGGGUGCACCGCCUCCCCCUGUUCUACAACCCUGGGCCUAAUGUCACCAUCGAUGAACAGCUGAUGCCAUUUAGGGGCCACUGCCCCUUCAGGCAGUAUAUGCCCUCGAAACCUGCUAAGUAUGGUAUCAAGAUCUGGGCUGCCUGCGAUGCCGUUACCUCAUACGCUUGGAACUUACAAGUAUACACAGGGAAACUUGAGGGAGGAGUCUCAGAGCGUAAUCAAGGGAUGAGAGUUGUCCUGGACCUGUCUCAGAAUCUCAAGGGACACAACAUUACUUGCGACAACUUCUUCACGUCGUACAAGCUGGGACAGGAGCUCCUGAAGAGGAAGCUGACCAUGGGGGGAACGAUCCGCAAGAACAAGCCAGAGCUCCCACCGCAACUGUUGGAAACAAAGGGCAGGCCUCUAAAUUCAUCCAGGUUCUUAUACACGGCUGACACAUCCCUGGUGUCCUAUGUGCCAAAGAAGGACAAGAAUGUUGUAUUGAUGAGCACACUGCACAGGGAAGGCAAAAUCUGUGGCCAAAAACCUGAGAUCAUAAUGUACUACAAUGCCACAAAAGGUGGGGUGGACAACUUGGACAAGAUGGUGACUGCCUACAGCUGUAAAAGAAGGACACUACGCUGGCCACUGGUGCUGUUCUUCGAUAUGCUGGACAUCUCGGCAUACAAUGCUUUUGUCGUGUGGACGGCAGUCACAAAGGCCCUGGUGUCACCCUACAUCCAGACCAGGCAGCAUGUUCCAAGAAUACCAGCCUCUGCAGCCAUCGUGAAGAGGAUUCAGGGGGAGGAUGCUGCUGGCCCAUCCACCAGACUUACAGGUCCACAACCACCACAGCCUGAGGUAAGUGUGUAAUGCUGUGGCAUA